GGAGUUGGAGAGCUACUGCCGCACCCCUCACCUUCGCCGACAUAAUUAUAUUACAUUUUUAAAUUAAUUUAUAUCACCUACAUGGGAUAUUUAGAGGAUGUUGAAUAUGUUCAUGGAUGUUUUCUGUUACAGAAUUUCCUAUAAGUCAUCAGUAUGCAAUGCAACAGUGUCAUCGUAUAUUUUUUGCCCCUUCAGAAGUUUCAUUUAAGAGACCAAGAGAAGAUGUUUUCUCUGUGCCAGAUUUUCUGACAUCCCUUCCAGUAAAGGAUGAUGAAAGUUUCUGUCAUUUAAAUGACCAACUGAAAGAUACCCAAAAUAAACAGGCUAUUGUAAAAUUCUUAGCAGGCAUUGGAGGUAAAAACCCUCGUUCUUUGACGACAAACCUGCUCAGAAGAAUAUUGCUUGAUGUCGUAGCCCAGCAGUAUUCUCUGACAGGAAAGAAGAUGAAGAACUCUGACAAGAAAUCAUUUCUUGUCACGGAAACUUGUCAAAUUAUAUUUCAUAUUUGUAAAAAUGUAUAUGCAGAUGCUACAGAAGAGACAUUAAAAGAAAUCAUAGGUGACUGGCUGAAUCAAGCCAAAGUAAGGUUAUCAAGAAGAGCUGAGAGACAAAAAAAGUGAAAUGAAGUAGAAUACUCAAGUUUACCUUCUCCCUGAUGGCACAUUGGAGAGACAAGUUCGCACGCACCACCACCCGCCCACCGAGUACAGGCUAAAUGCUUUCGGAAAAUAUGAAAUCGAUUAUUCAAACCAGAGGUUUCGUUAAAGUUACUCGUUGUAGAAAACUCUAUAAAAAAAUUCCUAUUUGUAAAAUAGCCUAGCUGUUCGAGAUAGUUGCAACAUGAAUA